AUAAUAAGCGUCACCGUCACAUUCUACGGCCUCCCAGGGAACUCGAACUUGUUACCUCUUUGAUUUCCCACCAUUACAAGGUUGUUCUCGAGCCCGAACCGAAUCACCUGUACUUCUGUACUUCCUGGCAGAACAAGUCGAGAGGCCAAAUAAGGCAAGCAUCGGCAUCGAACCCCCCCUGGACCUGACCUUGGACAGGUACAGCCAUUUUCUUUUUCUUCCAGGGCUUUAUGGUUUCUUGUCAUGAUCCUUCACGAUUUUCUCUUCACUCCGUAAUAUCUCUAUCAUCCAAAAUGAUUUUCUUUGUCGUGACAUGUUGUCUAUCCGCGGUUGGCGCUCUCCCACUAAGCGAUGGCAGCGGGCAGGCGAUAGCGAGGAGGGGAGACAAUGGCAAUAAUACAGGCAGUUCUGUCGAGAUUUGGAUGCCAAUCGUGGUCGUGGUCGUGCUCCUCACUGGAGGCGUAGGCGUCUGCUGGUGGCGGAAAUCCGCUACAAGAGGACCCAGCGGUGUUCCAGGUGUCACAUCUGGCUCGUCGACCACCACCCUGCCGACAGCCAACGGAGGCGUUCGCGAGCUAACCGCAGAGCAGCUCGCUGGGACUGUUGAAGGUGCUGCUUCUAAUCCUCCAUCCGCGACUCGGACCAGACGUGGUAGGCGGCCACGUAGGACCCCGUCCCAGAUAUCUACGAUAUCGUUGCCUGCUUACAACAAGGAACCUGGAGAGCAGGAGCUCGUCAUUUUUCGCGGUCCUGCCGACAUGGAAGACGUUCCAUUACCCGUCACGACUACGGUUGAGAUGCCUCCGGUAGACGAGGACGGAGAGACGUCAAUGCACUCAAGGAACCAAUCUGAUGGAUAUUCACCGAUGCCAGAUUCACCUAACGACAUGCCUCUCCUCCAUGAAGAUACUACUUCUACACCUGAUCUUCAGCCUCCAGGUGAGGGCAUGCCAAUCCGGCGGAGUGUAGAUUCUGGUUCUGUCGAAUCUUCCUUGAUGCGUUCAACUUCCCGAGACCAGGAACCUGAUCCACGCGGCGCAGCACCGGCGUAUUUCGAGGUCGCGGUGGUAGACCUAAGCCAGGAUGCCUUGCCUAGACCGUCCUCGUCUGUCGAGGUUACCCCACCAUCGCCGGGAGCGCCCGCCUCACCCCCCCCAAGGCGCACGUUCCGCUCUAUUCUCGGUGCCUUAGGAUCAGGUAAUGCUCGCUCUGUGGGGGCCGCCGUCAGUCAUUCUCGCCCAGGGUCGAAUGGCUCGAAUCCGUACAGCCGCUCGUCGUCGUCGAUGUCGUAUAGAGGCCACCGUCCCUCACAAUCAAGCACGGGCUCCCUUCUGUCGAUGCACAAUCCUCUGGUCAGGAAAAAAUCCACCGCGACGCUCAAUUCGCAGCAUCUGACGUCGCCUUCCUUGAUCUCCCUCAACUCGAUCUCUUCUCCUCUCUCGCAUACGCUUGUUCGCACAGAGUUCACCUACCCCAAGUCUGGUCCUACACCGGAGCAGCUGAAAUUCAUCUCCUCGAGAGAGUCGGUCGCGCGGUUUGGUGUCCCAUACGGUGAAGAGGCGGUGAGAUGGGCCAGCACUUCCAGACUGGCCCUCUCGUCACCCACGCCAGAAGAUGACGUGCCACCGCCAGAGUUUGACUUUGCACCAUCUGGUUCACGACCGAGAGCAGAUACUGCAGAGAGUAGUAAUUCUCCGGCUGUUCCCUCACCCCUUGCACAUAGCUUUGAGAGCCCAGAUGAGGAAGUACCAUCAGAGACGUUAACCUCUGUCUCUCCGUUUGCAGAUCGCUCCAGCUCAGGCCCUUCCACUGCACACCCUUCUCCUAAUUCACCCGUGGCGGCCGAGGAUACUCCAAAUACAUCAUCGGAUGCAACCGAUCAUUUCAAUGAAGGACCUUCAAGCUCACCUCUACCUGCUGACGUCGCCUCUAAAUCCGUAGAGGCCGAUCCUACCUCACAUCCUUCGAAUGAAUCCGGUCCCAGUUCACCCGUCGCUUCUCCCUCGAUGAAACCAACACUAACGAGCAGCCCACGUCCCGCCCCUGUUCCCGUUGCCGCAUCCGUACGAUCCGCCUCGCGCGCAAGUUCCAUCAGGACGUUUGCUACCGCCUUGGAAUCCAUGGGAACUGCGUCUUCAGAUGAUGACUAUGACGAAGCUGAGGAACCAGGGACGCCGAGACUGGCUCCUCAACAUAUAUUGGAAAACAUCGAUGCGACGGUUCGAGCGUAGCUUUUUGCAUAUCUUCCGGGAGCCGGUUCUCUUAUCUUAUCACGCAUUUCCAUAACCAUCUAAAGCUAACAUUCCCCCAUGAUCAUGCCUUACUCCAAGAGGUUCUUUACCAUUGUACAUUAUUUACUAGAAAGAAAAUUCUAUUAGGACUCGCUUUUCUAACCAUACUUGUACGCGCUGGACAUUUCUAUUAAUCACCCGACGAGUAUAAAAUGGCGUCCUCCUUCAGCGCGUCAUCUUUCCUUCUUCUCUCGUCUUCUCUGGAUAAGAGUACCUCGUAUAUAUUAUUGAAUCUCUUCCUAGGGUUUACCGCCAAACACGGCAAUCUCAUG